AUUGUUAGAAUCCAAAAAAAGAAAAACGAUGCAGAAGAAGGAGAAGAAAUAGGUUGAAAUAUUACGUAAACUGCUACAACAGCGAAGAGUGAAGAAGAAGAAGAUGCUAUGUUCCAGCAUGCUCAUUUUCUCCGUAUAACUUCUUCCACCCGUAUCCAAAUCCACCUACGCCGCCUCUCUCUCCUCUCCACCGCCGCCGCGCCUCCCCCUCCUCACACCCCCGACAUCCUGCCCCUCUGCGCCGCCGCUCAAUCUCUCCCCGCCACCCAGCGAGUCCACGCCCUCGCCGUCGUCCACGGCCUCCUCCCCUCCAGCGUCUCCAUCGCCGCCGCCCUCAUCCUCUCCUACGCCACCCACGGCACCCACCUCUCCACCCUUCGCUCCCUCUUCGCCCACACACUCUCCUUCUCCAGCUCCCCUUUCCUCCACAACACCCUCAUCCGCGCCUGCACGAUUCUCUCAGCCCCCGCCGUCGAUUUAGGGUUCUCCAUUUACAACGAUUUAUUGACGGCGACUCCUUUCACGCCCGAUGAUUACACCUUCCCCUUCGCGCUCAAGCUCUGCGCCGAUUCCCAGCACGUGUCGAAAGGUCUGGAGGUGCACGGGAGGCUGAUCAAGGCCGGACUCGAUGGAGAUGUGUUUGUGAGUAACACUCUGAUUUUAUUCUACGGUAGUUAUGGUGAUUUUCGGUGUGCCGAUAAGGUGUUUGAUGAAAUGCCUGUGAGAGAUUUAAUCUCGUGGAAUACAGUUAUUCGUGUUUGUUCGGAUAAUAACUGUUUUUUAAAAUCCGUUAGUUUGUUAAGGGAUAUGUUUUUGAAGUCCGAUUUCUUGCCUAAUGUGAUUACUAUUGUGAGUGUUUUGCCGGCAUGUGCUGUGUUGGAGAAUAAUAGGUUGGUUAGUUUGAUCCAUUGUUACGCGAUUAAGGCGAGUUUGGUUGGUGAAACGAAGGUUGGUAACGCAUUGGUUGAUGCCUACGGUAAAUGUGGGGAUUUGCAAGCUUCUGAGAGUGUUUUUAUUCAGAUGGAUGAGAGAAAUGAGGUUUCUUGGAAUUCGAUUAUUGGUGGUUUUUCGUAUAGUGGUUUUCGUAGGGAGGCGUUGGAUUGGUCUAGGGCGAUGAUUAUUGAGGGUGUGAGAUUGAAUACUGUGACUAUUGCUACCAUGUUGCCAUUGAUAUCCGAGCUUAAUCUACUUGAAGAGGGCACACAGCUUCAUGGAUUCACUAUGAAAACGAAUAUGGAUUCCGAUGUCUUCGUUGCCAAUGCGUUGAUUGACAUGUAUGGGAAAUGGAGACGUAUGAGUGAGGCUUCUGAUGUGUUCUACACGAUGGAUACGAGGAACAUAGUGUCGUGGAACACGAUGAUUGGAAACUUGACUCAAAACGGGCUUGCAUCGGAUGCUAUAGAGCUAGUUAGAGAGAUGCAAGCUCAUGGUGAAGUUCCUAAUGCUAUAACUCUCACCAAUGUGCUCCCUGCAUGUGGCAGAGUGGGCUCUCUUCGUCAUGGUAGAGAAUUGCACGCUAGAUGUGUCCGUUUCGGGCAAGUGUUUGAGCUGUUUGUUUCGAAUGCUUUGACGGAUAUGUAUGCCAAGUGUGGCCGUCUUGAUCUUGCUCAGGCUAUGUUCAGCUCAUCACCCAGAGAUGAGGUGUCAUACAACAUUCUCAUUGCUGGCUAUUCUCAGACGAGCCAGAGCUCGAGAUCUAUAAGUUUGUUUAGAGAAAUGGAUAUGUUGGGGAUGGAUCACGACACUGUUUCCUACACCGGGGUUUUGUCUGCCUGCGCGAACAUGUCAGCGUUGGAGGAAGGGAGGCAGAUCCACGCGUUGGCGAUCAUGAAGAUGUUCCACGAGCAUCUCUUCGUUGCUAACUCGCUCGUGGACUUGUACACGAAGUGUGGGCGGCUUGACAUGGCCUUGAAGGUUUUUGACCGGAUACCGGUCAGAGAUACUGCAUCGUGGAAUACCGUGAUUUUAGGGUUCGGGAUGCUCGGGGAGUUUGAUGCUGCAAUUUCACUCUUUGAAGCUAUGAAGGAGGAUGGGAUUCGACAUGACUCAGUCUCUUACAUAGCAGUGCUGUCGGCCUGUAGUCAUGGCGGCCUAGUCGGGAAGGGGAAGGAGAUUUUCAAUGAUAUGUUGGCUCGAGGUGUGACCCCCUCUGAGAUGCAUUACUCUUGCAUGGUGGAUCUUCUAGGGCGUAAUGGCCUUAUGGAUGAGGCGGUGGAGCUCGUCAGGAGCAUGCCGGUUGAGCCAGGGGCGAACACGUGGGGGGCGUUGCUCGGGGCUAGUCGGAUUUAUGGGAACGUGGAAGUGGGGUGCUGGGCCGCUGAGCGUCUUCUUGAGCUGCAGCCCGAUAACCCCGGGUACUAUGUGGUGCUGUCGAAUAUGCACGCGGAGGCAGGGAGGUGGGACGAGGCAGAUAGGGUUAGGAGAGUGAUGAGUUUGAGGAGAGUGAAGAAGAACCCUGGCUGCAGUUGGGUUGAGAGUGAAGACAAGGUUCACAGUUUUGUUGCUGGAGAAAGAUUUGAUCCAUUUUGUGGAGUGCAAGGUUUUGCAUAGCAUUCUCUAAAUGAAGAUUUAAGACUUUUACUCUGGCAGUUUUUAUGAGUGCCUUGCCCUCACUCAACUUUUACCGAUGGGGAGGGUGUUUGGCUAAGCUUGUCUUGAAAAGGUCAUACAUGUUUUAAGAGCUUAUAAGUUAACGAGGAUUGUAAAUUAUAAAGAGAAUUCCAAUUCAAAUGAGAAAAUUGAGCAGAAAUGACAGAACACUAUUCAAUAGCUUAUAAGCUUCUUAGAGUAGCCCAAAAAAGGCAGAGUUUCAAAUUAGCAAUUGAUUUGAAAUCAAUUUUGGAUGGAUAAUUUUGUAUAUUGAGGAGAUAGAUGAGGGAAAUUCGAACUUGAGACAUUUGAUUUCAGACAUUAAU